UGGAGGAUGCUCACUCGCGCGCACACACACACACACACACUCACACACACACAAAUACACGCGCCGCCUUUCUGCCACAUAUGUGUAUAUGUGUGUGUGUAGACCACUAGACAUCCCCAUCUCCUCUCCCGUGCGCUCGCGCUCGCGCCCAACUCUCUUCACGCUCUUCUUCAGCAGCGCUCGCGACCACCACUUCCACUCCGCCGGUGUGAGGAGAAGACCCCCGGAGACUCCCAACAUCAGCAGACCCCCCCAGCACCCUAAUCAAGACCCCCUGUAGUGUAUUUUAUCUUUAUCUUUAGCCGUGAUCUGGCAACCCACCCCUCCUGUCCGAGCCCCCAAGCCCCUCUGGACACCCAUGGAGGGAGACGUUAUGGACAAACUGGACGACAUGGCUUCUGUGUACGAGUUCGACCCGUUCACGGGCAACAUCCCCGCCACCAAGGUGGAGAUCACCGUAUCCUGCAGGAAUCUUCUAGAUAAAGAUACAUUCUCCAAAUCAGACCCAAUGUGUGUCCUCUACACCCAAGGAGUUGAGACCAAGCAGUGGAGAGAGUUCGGAAGAACGGAGGUGAUUGACAACACGCUAAAUCCGGAUUUCGUGCGGAAGUUCAUCCUGGACUACUUCUUUGAGGAGAAGCAGAAUCUGCGCUUUGACUUAUACGACGUUGACUCUAAAAGCCCAGAUCUCUCAAAACAUCCCUCAGAAUGCAACGAUUUCCUUGGGCAAAUGUUCUGCACCCUGGGAGAGAUUGUGGGGUCACCAGCAAGCCGACUGGACAAGCCUCUUGGGGGCAUCCCCGGGAAGAAGUGCGGGACCAUCAUCCUGUCAGCGGAGGAGCUCGGGAACUGCAGGGACAGUGCCACCAUGCAGUUUUGUGCCAACAAACUGGACAAAAAGGAUUUCUUUGGCAAGUCAGACCCCUUCAUGGUGUUCUACAGAAGCAAUGAAGACGGAACGUUCACCAUCUGCCACAAGACAGAGGUGGUGAAGAACACACUCAAUCCCGUCUGGCAGUCUUUCACUAUCCCGGUGAGAGCACUCUGCAAUGGAGACUUCGACCGGACUAUCAAGGUGGAGGUGUAUGACUGGGACCGAGAUGGAAGCCACGAUUUCAUCGGUGAAUUCACCACCAGUUACCGCGAGCUCGCCCGGGGACAGAGCCAGUUCAACGUGUACGAGGUGGUGAAUCCGAAGAAGAAGAUGAAGAAGAAGAAAUACGUCAAUUCGGGCACGGUGACGCUGCUGUCUUUCUCGGUGGAAUCCGAAUUCACUUUCCUCGAUUACAUUAAAGGAGGGACCCAAAUAAAUUUCACCGUGGCCAUUGACUUCACAGCUUCGAAUGGUAACCCAUCCCAGUCCACGUCUCUCCACUACAUGAACCCAUACCAGAUGAACGCCUACGCCAUGGCACUGAAAGCCGUCGGGGAGAUCAUCCAGGAUUACGACAGCGACAAGAUGUUUCCGGCGCUGGGCUUCGGAGCCAAACUGCCCCCUGAUGGACGGGUGUCUCACGAGUUUCCGCUGAAUGGUAAUAUUGAAAACCCCUACUGCAAUGGAAUCGAAGGGAUUCUGGAGGCGUACCAUCAGAGCUUAAAGACAGUCCAGCUUUAUGGGCCCACAAACUUCGCUCCAGUCGUCAACCAUGUGGCCAGGUAUGCAGCAGCUGUGCAGGACGGCUCGCAGUACUUUGUCCUCCUCAUCAUCACAGACGGCGUCAUAUCAGACAUGUCCCAGACCAAAGAGGCCAUUGUGAACGGUGCCAAGCUGCCCAUGUCAAUCAUCAUUGUCGGAGUGGGCCAGGCAGAGUUUGAUGCCAUGGUGGAGCUGGAUGGUGACGACAUAAGAAUCUCCUCACGAGGGAAACUAGCAGAACGGGAUAUUGUCCAGUUCGUGCCAUUCCGGGACUACAUGGACCGCACAGGAAACCACGUCUUAAGCAUGGCCCGACUGGCCAAAGACGUCCUUGCCGAGAUCCCUGACCAGUUCAUCUCCUAUAUGAAGAGUCGGGGCAUCAAGCCCAACCCGGCACCCCCUCCAUACACGCCCCCGGGACAUACACACCACACCCAGAUCUGAGGCUCCUGGCCAAUCGGUGGCCAGCUGGAGAUGACAUCAGCCUCCCUUAGGAUAUCAGAUGGGACAGGUCUGAUGAAGCAGGGGACAGUUUAGGCUCCCUGGUUGCGUUGAUGUGUGUACGGACUCGCCGGGACACUUCCGAAGUGCAGAGACAUUUUUGUUCGUGCGUCUUUUUCGUACGUCGUUCGUACAUUUCCUGCCUGUUUUUCAUGCCGGGGAGACGGCACAAUCCGAGAAAUGGACUCCAGUCGAGUUUUGUCUGUUUUUUGUCAAAAAAUGAAAAGCUAACAAAAACAACAACAACAACAACAACAAAAUAUCUUGGCCUGUGACUGUUCUCAGUUCUUUAUUUGGGGAGGACGUGGUAAAGGACAAGGAGGAGGAUGAUGUUUGUGGUUUCAGCUCGUGCCUGUCUGUGGUCAUCUCAGUGUACCAGGACAAGGGUGCCGUGCUCCGACCUUUUGACCUUGCUCUGCAUCGAUGUAUUAGCGUAUGUACAUUAUUCAGGUGAUGUUUUUAGAUUCCUAUCUCAGUGGCGUUCAGUUUGGAUUGAGACUUUUGUGUGCAUUCGGUUUCUCACUUUUGCACACCACUUGCAUUACCUUUGUAAAUCUUGAUUCUGUCGAAAGCCAUUUAUGUUCCUGAAAGCAUGCUGGAAGGAGCCAAGACCCCAUAGCCAAGACCCUAGAAUCAAGACCUCAGAAUCAAUACCCCAUAGCCAAUACCCUAGAGCCAAGACCGCAGAACCAAGGCCCUAUAGCCAAGACCUCAGAACCAAGACCCCAUAUCCAAGACCCAAAAUCAAGACCCCAAGACCAAGACCUCAAAACCAAAACUCUCAUAGCCAAGACGCCAGAACCAAGACCCCAUAGCCAAGACCCUAGAAUCAAGACCUCAGAAUCAAUACCCCAUAGCCAAUACCCUAGAGCCAAGACCGCAGAACCAAGGCCCUAUAGCCAAGACCUCAGAACCAAGACCCCAUAGCCAAGACCCAAAAUCAAGACCCCAAGACCAAGACCUCAAAACCAAAACUCUCAUAGCCAAGACGCCAGAACCAAGACCCUAUAGCCAAGACCCUAAAGUCAAGACCUCAGAACCAAGACCCAAUAUCCAAUAACCUAGAGCCAAGAUCUCAGUACCAAUACCCUAUAU